CGAGAAUGAGAUCCUUGCUGAGGUCGCCUCGCCUUCCCAGAGCAUCAUUCUAAGACGUUUGUUCCUCGAGAUUGUCAUUGUCUCCCCCACUCUCGUCUCGAUCCCCCCAUCUUGCUUUGCAAGUAGACUGACUCCAGAACACCUCCAGUCUUGUUCUCACAAAACCUGCAAUUAGUGCCGUCGUUCAUGUCAGCAUUUCCCGACGUUGAAGUGGCUCUGAUCUAUUAUUCGGUCCCGUUACAAUUCGUGACUUGUCUACAGUCCACCUGAGGAAGCCAAGACUGUAAUGGGGGUGACGUUCGCGGACUUAGGAGUGUCGUUCGGCAUCAACUUGGGGGUUUCGCUGGUCGUUCUAUUUCUGUACUCGGUUUUCUCGCAACAGCCGCUGAAUGCGCGCGUUUACUACACGAAAUGGUUCUGCCUAGACGACAAGGGGGCGACGGAGAAGCACGAGCAGGCGGAGGUGGAGGGGCACACGGUGAAGAAGCGGCGGUGGAUCGAGUGCUCCUUGCGGAACUACGCCGACACCUUCGACUGGAUCAAGGAGGCGCUCGCCAUGCCCGAGCGAGAGCUCAUCAAGCACGCGGGGCUCGACAGCGUCGUCUUCCUCCACGCGCUCAAACUCGGAUUCAAGAUCUUCGUGCCGAUCCUGCUGCUGGCGGCGGCCGUGCUGUUCCCCAUCAACUUCACGGGCGGGUCGCUGGAGGCGCAGGCGGCGUACGCGCAGCAGCAGGUGGACGCGGGCAACGCCAAGGCGAAGCUCUUCGACUUCUCGGAAAUCGACAAGCUCUCCAUUGCUAAUGUGCCCGAUGCGUCGCCCAGCCUGUGGGCGCAUGUGGUGAUGGCGUGGGUAUUCAACAUGUGGGCGCUGUACAUGAUGCGAGAGACUUUCAAGCACAUCGCCCACAUGCGUCUGGACUUCCUCGCGGACCAGCAGAGGGCGCCCAACCAGUUCACUGUGUUGGUGCGGCAGGUGCCAUCAGACCCCAUCAAGUCCAUCCCAGAGACGGUGGAUCACUUCUUCUCAGUCAACCACUCGGACCACUACCUGCUCACUCAGCCCGUGUACAAUGCCAACAAGCUGUCGUCGCUGGAAACGAAGAGGGAGUGGCUGGGGAACAAGCUCAUUGAGAUGGAGAUCAAACUUGAGAAGAAGGGCGUCCGCCCCAUGCACAAGGAUGGAUUUCUGGGGAUGAUGGGCACGCGGGUGGACUCCAUACAGUACUACGAGCAGAAGAUAGAGGAGAUUAAGAAGGAGAUCCUGCAAGAGCGUGAGAAGGUGGUGAACGACAGCACCUCGGUCAUGCCGGCCGCGUUUGUCUCGUUCCGCACGCGGUGGGGCGCAGCGGUCGCAGCGCAGACCCUGCAGUCCAAGGACAGCUCGCAGUGGAUCACAGUGUGGGCGCCGGAGCAACGGGAUGUCAAGUGGGAGAACCUGCCGAUGCCGUACGUGAGCCUCAUGCUGCGGCGCAUCAUGGUGGCGGGGAUCGUGCUGGCCAUCAUUCUGGGGUACACCUUCCCCGUCAGCUUCGUGCAGUCGCUGGCCAAUAUUGACCAGCUCGCCAAAGUGGCGCCGUUCCUCGAGCCCAUUCUGAACGUCCCCUUUAUUAACGCGUUCGUUAAGAGCAUUCUCUCUGGUAUCGCACUCAAGAUCUUCCUGGCGAUCCUGCCCGCGCUGCUGACGUUCCUGUCGACAGCAGAGGGGUACACGGCGAAGGCGGGCAUCGACCUGGCGGCCACGGGCAAGUACUUCUACUUCAUCAUCUGCACCGUCUUCUUCUCCAACGUCCUCGGAGGCGUGCUCAUCGACCAGGCCAAAACGCUCUCCCAAAACCCCUCCGCCGUCCCCCAGAUCCUGGGCGACCGCAUCCCCACCAAGGCCACGUUCUUCAUGACCUACACCAUGCUGGACGGCUGGACCGGCAUGGCCAUGGAGGUGCUGCAGCUGGUGCCGCUUGUCAUGUUCCACAUCAAGAAUAAUCUGCUGGUGCGGACCCCAGCAGACCGCAUCAAGGUCAUGAACCCCUCGCCACUCACGCUCAUUGAAACUCUGUACCAGGUGGAGCUCUACUUCCUGCUGCCCUUUGUGUACUGCGUGUCGAACCCGCUCUACCUGAUCUUCGCUGUUGUUUUCUUCGUCCUCGCCUUCAUCGGCUACCGCAACCAGAUGAUCAACGUGUACAAUGCGGAGUACGAGACAGCGGGCGCGUACUGGCCGCACUUCCAUGCGCGCCUCAUCGCCUCCAUGAUCAUCCAGCACCUCACGCUCAUUGGGGUGCUCGCACUCAAAGAAGCCUCGACGCAGGUGUGGUUCCUCAUCCCCCUGCCCAUCGUGACCAUCGCAUUCCACUAUGUGUUCAUCGACGGACCCUUCAACUCGAACUUCUCCAAAUACGCCCUCGAGGAGGCGAACCGUAAGGACACCAUCGACCGCACCAUCAGCCCGGACCUGGACCCGUCGUCCUUCCUGGCGCGGGCCUACCUGCACCCGUCGCUGCAGUCGGCGUUCCAGCUGAUGGACGAGGAGCAGCACGGGGAGGGCGGGGAGGACAGCAGAGGGGGUAAAGGGGACGACAAGGGUGGGCCGGGGGGCAAGGACGGGGAGACGGGGUCAGGAGGGGAGUCGGACGAGGGGAAGGAGAAGAGAAAGGAUGCUGCUAGCCCUGGUAUCUCAGGGGAAGGAGGGAAGGGCAGGGAGAAGGACAGCAGCAGGGGGGGGAGGAGGAGUGGGGAGAUGGAGAGGAGAGAGAGGGAGUCGCCGCAGGUGAAGUUGGUGGCAGUGAAGCGGCAUCCGCGCAGUGCACAGGCGUCACCAGCACCGGAACAACCGGCGGUAACUGCGUUACGCGCUUCGAGCCCCCUGCCAGCAGGUGCUGCGGAUAGAGCGGCGAGAGGGAUGUCCCCUGUAGGGCACCCCGAGCCGUACCCUAGAGCGGACAGCACGGACGAGCUGGCGUUUGAAGAUGCACCUGACUUCUCACCUGGGCUUUCACCUGAGGCUGAGUUUCGGUUGUCAGGGGGGGCGGCAGUGGGGGGAGGGCCAGUGAGAGUGCCGUCUCCUGCAACGGCUGGGACGCAGCCGCUGCUGCAGGGGAGAGGAUACGGGCCUGACGAUGGGGCGAGUGGGAACUUCAGACUAUGAUCAAAGGCGGCAAGAGGACACUGCAGAAGCUGUGCCAAAUAAGGCUUACAGAGCGAGGCAAGGCCUUCAUCCACACGAUACUUAAGCACGAGCGGCACGUGUUGAUAUACCAAGUUUACCAACGGAGCCAAGAGAGCUGCACAAGUUGUAUGGUGGCAUGUCGUGGCAGUGGAAGUACAGUAGUCUGAUCAUUAAGCCAACCUAUUAAUUCAUCUAGAGAAAUACAGACUAAAGAGGGCAUAUACGGUAGGUAAAAUCUACACGGUAUGGUAGGUAGUUCCUUGUAGUCAAUUUUAGUUGACAAAAGAGCCUCCCCUACCAGAAGGUAGACCAUGUCAGGCAGGGCUCCCGUCUGAUCAUCAGACGCCCGAUCUUUCAGUUUCUGAAUAAUCAGAGGUUUUAUAGUAGAGUUUCUAGGAAUCAGAAGUUUCAGCCUUGCAUUUCUAAGUAUUUCA